UUGAAAAAGAGAAAUCAUCUGGUCGGAAAGCGCAGGCCCAUGCAGUGGCUUUUAUGUAACUCGUUUUCCACCCUCGGAAUUCGCGGAACUCGACCAGGAAGUGGACUUACCGGAAUAUCAACUCUCUCUCCACUUCCACACAUACACAGAGGAAAACGAGGAGGUUGAUCAUCGAUAUUUCUGUGAAAGAAGGAAGUGAAGAUGGGAAGAGGAAAGAUAGAGAUAAAGAGGAUUGAGAACACUACAAACAGGCAGGUGACAUUCUGCAAAAGAAGGAAUGGACUUCUGAAGAAAGCUUAUGAACUUUCUGUUCUUUGUGAUGCUGAGGUGGCCCUCAUAGUCUUCUCCAGCAGAGGCCGUCUCUAUGAAUACUCAAACAACAACAUAAAAUCAACCAUUGAGAAGUACAAGAAAGCAUGUGCUGCAAAUUCAAAUUCCGCUGCAAUCAUAGAAGUUAACUCUCAACAAUAUUACCAACAAGAGGCAGCAAAACUUCGCCACCAAAUCAACAUUCUGCAGAAUGCAAACAGGCACUUGGUAGGUGAAGCUCUUGGUUCUUUGAGUGUCAAAGAGCUCAAGCAACUUGAAAACAGACUUGAGAGAGGCAUUGCAAGGAUUAGAUCAAAGAAGCAUGAGUUACUCUUUGCUGAAAUUGAGUACAUGCAGAAAAGAGAAGUUGAGCUUCAAAAUGACAAUAUGUAUCUCAGAGCAAAGAUAUCGGAGAAUGAGCGGGUGCAGCAAGCGCGAAUCGUGCAAGCCGGGGCAGAGUUUGACACUUUCCCAACUUUCGACUCGAGGAACUACUACCACAUUAACAUGCUGGAACCAACACCACACUACUCAAACCAAGAUCAGACAGCUCUGCAUCUUGGGUAUGAAGCUAAAGAUGAUCAAGCUGCAUGAAAAUUAUAUAAGAGUAACAUGAAGUCUAUGCACUCAUGGCUACUGAAAAGUUGAGCUUGGUGAGAGCAACUGUGUUGUGUUGUGGUAUUCUUUACAGUGAAAUAAUCCAUCACUGCAGUAGCAAUGUGUGUUUUUUCUAGUUUUCACCAAGAACUCAAGUGAUAUAGUUCUUAGAAACUAAAACCUGAUAUGUCUGCAAUAACAUGACAUUUCUGCUUGACAUGAA